AUGCACUCUCCAACUCUCGCCCUCACCACCCUCCUCACCCUCACCACCCUCGCCUCUGCAUCAACAACGCUCAACUCUCCCAUCUCCGACCUCCACGUCCUCGUCUCCCGCCAAUCCAGCGGCGGCAGCAGCGACUCCGCCACCUGCCGCAACGGCAUCGCCGCCUCAUGUGUAGGCUCCUCAGCGACCGCCAACAGCUGCCGCAGCGCGCUCUGCAGCACGAGCUGUCUGAAAUUCGUGCCGGGAAUCCAGAGCUGCUGCGAUGACAAGACGAGCGAUAUCGCGACCUUUUCAAAGUGUGGAGAAGAUAAGAUCGCUUCAGGAUCAGCGACCGUUUCGCCGACUGCUACCGCGGCGCCGAAGACCAAUGGCGUUGAUCACCUCGGGGUUGGAGCUGGGCAGUUGGGUGUUGUGGGCUCGGCGGCGGCGUGGGCUUUGGGUUGGUUGUUGGUUUUGUGA